AUGAUAUCUGUGUCCAGUUUCAUUAUCUAUCUACCUAAUGUCAGUCUGUUCAUUAUCUAUCUACCUAAUGUCAGUCUGUUCAUUAUCUAUCUACCUAAUGUCAGUCUGUUCAUUAUCUAUCUACCUAAUGUCAGUCUGUUCAUUAUCUAUCUACCUAAUGUCAGUCUGUUCAUUAUCUAUCUACCUAAUGUCAGUCUGUUCAUUAUCUAUCUACCUAAUGUCAUCUGUUCAUUAUCUAUCUACCUAAUGUCAGUCUGUUCAUUAUCUAUCUACCUAAUGUCAGUCUGUUCAUUAUCUAUCUACCUAAUGUCAGUCUGUUCAUUAUCUAUCUACCUAAUGUCAGUCUGUUCAUUAUCUAUCUACCUAAUGUCAGUCUGUUGUUCAUUAUCUAUCUACCUAAUGUCAGUCUGUUCAUUAUCUAUCUACCUAAUGUCAGUCUGUUCAUUAUCUAUCUACCUAAUGUCAGUCUGUUCAUUAUCUAUCUACCUAAUGUCAGUCUGUUCAUUAUCUAUCAUACCUAAUGUCAGUCUGUUCAUUAUCUAUCUACCUAAUGUCCCAGUCUGUUCAUUAUCUAUCUACCUAAUGUCAGUCUGUUCAUUAUCUAUCUACCUAAUGUCAGUCUGUUCAUUAUCUAUCUACCUAAUCUCUGUUCAUUAUCUAUCUACCUAA